GAAACCCACAUGCGAGCUACUGAUUAAAUUACUAGCAGAAACGGAGAAGUGGCCGCUCCUUUACUGCGGAAGUGACGUCGCGAAAAGCGGACAUGGGAGGACUCCUGAGUUCUUACCUGGAAAAGUAUCGCAGCAACUUUGUCCCAGCCCCGGGGUGCGUCUAAAGGACAUUGCAAUGGUACUGACCUCUGCACGAAAAUAUCGCAAAAGCCUGAGCAGGAGUGAAAAGACAGCAGCUUCUGCUUUUCCGGAUACCAUGACUGAAACUUCGGCCGGCAGCGCUCUCGCGCCGCCGACUAAGACCCUACAGACAGCGCUACAGAUUGCGUGCCCGUCUCUUGAAGAAGUUUGCUGUAUGAUACUUUCAUCACAUGAUCGUCGACAUCAUGUGUGGUCCUCCUCCUCCACUCCGGCGUUAUGGACACCUGCAGACGAAGAUAGCAAGAUGGCGCAGCAGCAGCUUGUAUCCGAGGAAGUACCGAUGGUGAUGGAUCAAAAACAUCAUCAGCACGCGGU